CCGGCCUCAGGGCUGGCGUCCGACUCGUCCCCACCUGGGUGUUUCUUUUCGGUGCUGUUUCGGUGCCUGGCUCCUUCUUCCAUCCUUCUCAAAAGCUAUUGGAGAAUGUGCACCACCAAAAUAAGGAAAUAAAUAAAGGAGGAAGAAGGCCCUGGGUUCAGGAAUAACGAGGAAACGGGUUCAAGAUUACGUGACUUGCCGAGGACACACACAAUGGCAGAGCUUUAAUUGGACUCUAAAUCUUGAUCUACCUCACGGCAUUUGUUUUUUUCACUGUGCCAUGAGGGAGAAAAGCUUCUUUUAUUCUUGAGAUGUAUUCCUGUUUGAGUGUGCUAAAAUGCAUCUGGAAGUGGGAAUGGAUUGGUUUCACUGCAACCAGUGCUUCCGAAAAGAUGGAGCCCAUUUCUUUGUCACCAGCUGUGGCCAUAUUUUCUGUAAAAAGUGUGUGACUCUGGAAAAAUGUGCUGUUUGCGGAACUGCCUGCAAACAUCUGGCUCUUUCUGAUAAUGUGUGGAGUUUCCAGAAGAAACAAACAGAUCUCCUCCUCGCCUUUUAUAAGCAUAGAAUUACAAAGUUAGAAACAGCCAUGCAGGACGCACAACAAACGCUGGUCAGCCAGGACAAAGAAUUGUCAGUUUUAAGGAAGGAGAAUGGAGAACUGAAGAAACUUCUAGCCAUUCUAAAGGAAUCUCCGAGUUGGUACCAAGGAAGCAGGUCAACCACACCUCGACCAGUGGGCAUUACUUCCCCAUCACAGUCAGUUACCCCACGACCCAGUUCCCAGCAUAGCAGUCAGGUGGUCAGUCGAUCCUCCUCAGCGGAAUCUAUUCCUUAUAAAGAGGCUGGCUUUGGUAGCUUCGGACAAGGAGGCAGAGGUCUGCAGGAAAGGAGAACUCCAAGAAACCCUUAUAAUGAAACCCCGUCACCAGCUUCAACCCACAGCUUAUGUUACAGACCUUCAUCUGCCUCCUCUGGACAGGGGAUUUUUUCUUUCAGACCAUCCCCAAAUGGGCAUUCAGGCCACACAAGAGUCCUUACCCCCAACAAUUCUGGUCAGAGGGAGAGCAGAACCACACUAGAGAGUUUUCCUACUUUCCAGCUACCAGUCCUGCAGACUCCCUACCAACAACAGAGGCAGAUGGGAUUACCCAGUGGGAGAGGAGCAUGGAGCACUUCCAGAUAGAUCAUCUUCAAGGUCUGAUCUAUACAUACUGCUGAAGGAUAGACUGUAGCGUCCAGUACCCAUUGGGGUGAUGGCUCUGGAAAAAGUACCCUGGUGGUGUUUCCUGGUUUCACUCUAUACCUUAUGCUUCCUUGUCUUUAUCCCAUUCACCCUUAUCACCUCCCAGUACAGUGGUCAGGUCUUAGAAAAGGCUAGUGCUUCAAGAUGAUGUUUAUAUCUCUUCCAGAAGACAUAGGUAGCUUCCCUCAUUUCCUACAACUUGAAACAAAGAUUGUAAAAAAUAAUUCUUGGCAUCAUGCUUGGUUGGGAGUUGGGAAUGGGGAUGUGAUGGGUCAUAUACGCAUCACUAUUUCAUUUCUGGUUUUCAUUUUUAGCUUUGGAUGUACUCUCCAUUGCCAGUGUUAACAAACAACAUCUCUGUUCUUUGUCCUUAUACUUUUUCUGUUUGCCUAUUGUUUCCUCUGUGCUUAAUUGCCAUUAAAUAUGUUAAUUUUCCUUUCUAUUGAAAA